AUGUCAACCCCCCACCUCCUCGACCUCCCCACAGAGAUCCUCAACCACAUACUCACCCCCCUACCCACAUCCUCCCUGCUCCGCUUCUCAGAAACCUCCCGUCACGCCCGCGUCCUCGCCAACGCCAACCUGCACACCCUCUCGUUAGGGAUCGCGCCCCUCGCUCCUGCCUUUUUCAAGUACCUCGACUCAUCCGUCACCACCAGUACAGCCGAUCCCUAUGAAGUCUGGCUGCGCAUCCCCCAGGCAAGAAGUUACGAGUACCUGACGUUGCAUAACUUCCAGAGCGCGUUGGUGACCAGUAUACUCAAGCGCCAUGGCACCAUGCUGCAGCAUCUCAACAUCAGCGUUUGGGCAUUGACGUUGCCCAUGGCGAAAGCUAUUAAGGACUUACGCGCUCUCCGCACCUUCUCACUCAGAAUCGAAAGCGGAGUAAGAGUCUCCAUCUUUACGACUGUCAAGAGCAGCGACCUGGAGAAUUUGAGCGUCUAA